GGCGCCAGGCGCGCCCCGCCCCGGGGCCGCGGUGAUGGCGGCGGGCGCGGUGCUGCUGACCGGCUCCAACCGCGGCAUCGGGCUGGGGCUGGUGAAGCAGCUCCUCCGGACACCACAACCACCCGCCUGGAUCUUCGCGACCUGCCGGCACACCGCGGGGUCGCGGGCCCAGGAGCUGAGAGAUCUGGCAUCCAAACACCCAAACUUGGUUCUUGUGAAGCUGGAUGUUGCAGAUCCCUCCACCAUUACUCAGGCAGUGAAGAUCGUAGAGGAGAAACUGAACGGCAUGGGCUUGAACCUGCUGAUAAACAAUGCUGGCAUCUACACCCCAGAGGCAUCGCUGGAGACAGUGGGUGCUGAAGAGAUGAUAAGGACGUACAAGACCAAUGCGGUGGGGCCACUGCUGAUGGCCCAGGCAUUCCUGCCACUACUGAAGAAGGCUGCCCAGGAGAGCACAGAAAGGGGGCUAAGCUGCAGAAGGGCGGCCAUCAUCAACAUCUCUGCCAUGCUGGGAUCCAUCCAGAAAACUCCCCACUGCUUCUUCAAGCCUGUCAUCUCCUACCGCUGCAGCAAGGCUGCCCUCAACAUGCUCACCAGGUGCCAGGCUCUGACAUACAGGGAAGCUGGGAUCCUCUGCGUGGCGCUUCACCCCGGCUGGGUGAAAACUGACAUGGGUGGCCAGGAGGCUGACCUGACGGUGGACACAAGCGUGCAGGGGCUGCUGUCUGUACUGCCAGUCCUCUCCGAGAAACACAAUGGGGCUCUGCUCAACUGGGAAGAUACUUUCCAUAAUGGAUGAGCAGGUCCUUUCUGGAGCAAUUGCAGGAGCUGGGACACCGGCAUCCAAGCUGGGUCCUGCUUCUCUCUUGGAGCUGGGGCUCUGCUGCCCCAUCCCUGGCAUGGGGCUGAUGCCAGCCACCACCGACUGUGCCAAAGGAAGCCAUGGCCUGAUCCUGCUGCUGUGUGGCUGUGUGACACUGCCAAGCCACCACCAAGUGCCCUUCCUGCCCCUCGGCAGGGGUUCUCCUGCCCCAGUUGCUCCACACAAGGAAGCUGGAGCCUGUCCAGUAACCACAGGCAGGCUCCAUGUCCAUCUCUCUCUGUGUUCCUCCCUUCUACCCCAUGCCAUGUGCUGGACCCUGGGACAUGUGCCAAGCAUCCCACCACUGUUUGCAGGUGGCUUACAGCUCCCACUGUGACCAUUGCCAGCCCCACAAGAUGGAUGCAGCUGCUCUUCUUGGAACAGACAGAGAUAAGGGAACUGCUGAAAACUAGGACAAGCUCCAUCAGCUUGGCUGGUGGUCUGCAGAGUUGGGACAUGGCAUGGUUGCCCACCUACUGUGGCAAUGAGGUUUUGACUGAGCUCAGGAGGCUGAUAAAUGUGUGAGCAUCUCCCUCCAUCCUCCUGGGAAUGGGGACAUCACAGAGUGGGCAAGUCACCCGGGAUGUGGGCAGCCCUGUGUGCCCCAGGUGGUGUGAGGAGGAAUGGGAAGCUCUGCAGGUGAAGAACUCUGGCACUGCUAGAAGCUCAGCUGUGGGGAUGAGAACAGACCUCAAAGAGCUGCUGAAUGUUGAAGCACUGUGAGCAUCAUCCCUUAGGAAGCCUGUGCAGCGGUCUUUCCUUUGGAUAGCAGGAUAAUUGCUGUGCAGAGCAAAGUAGCAGCAGGUGGGUCAAUCCCAUUUUUCAAGACAACAGCAGAAUGGUGCAGGAUAACCCAGCUUGGACAUCUGCAACUGGGAAUCACCCUUGGUGAGAGCUUUGCCAGCCCAAGGGAGGUCAGCAGCUCCCCAGGAGCCCGUCCUUCCGCCCUCCAAGACAAGGCUCAUCCCAGGGAGCACAUGCUGGAGCAGGGAUGGUGCCUGCCAUGGUAACUUGGAGGUUAGGGAUGCCCAAGCACUUCAAGGUGCUCCAGGACAUGUGUUCCUCAAGAAGCCUCAUUGAGAGGCCAGAUGGGCAGGUCUCCUGCUCAAACACUUGCAAAGUGUUUUUUUUUCCUUUGCACAAGUUCUGGGAGUUUGCGCUCAUGCAGCUCAUUAUCUCCCCAUUUCCUCUCCUGCCUGAUGUUUC